UCUCUUUGUAAAUCAGGGGACUGGACCUCAUGCUGCAUGCUCAGGGCAGCUGUCUCUCAUCCCUAGCUGGUAUCGCGAUAAUUUGCUCCCACAUUUGUUUUUUGUUCAGGACUUAUUUUUAAAAAGGGAUGGUACACAUCUUUUGAGGGCAGGGGAAGAUUUCUUCUCAGCAUGUUCUCAGAAAACAUUUAUAUUAACACGAACUUCAAAAAUAAACUUGAUUCUUCAGACAUCAAAGCAGACUCUCCUCCAGCUCCUCAAAAGAAGACCAAGUCUCACGAAAGUUGUCAUAGAUUCUCCAGAGUCCUCCUCACUUCACUCACAAUAUACUUCCUGCUGUUGACAAUCUUAAUCUCCACUGCUCUGAUCAUUUUGUUUAAAAAAUAUUCUCAACUUCUUGAAGAAAAAGAAAUCAGAAAAGAACUGACUUAUACUGAAUUGGAAUGUACAAAGCAGCAUACACUUUUGAAAGACAAAGUCUGGAGCUGUUGCCCAAAGGACUGGAAGGCAUUUAGUUCCCACUGCUACUUUGUUUCCACUGACUUGGCAACUUGGAGCCAGAGUGAGGAGAAGUGCUCCAGCAUGGGCGCUCGUCUGAUGGUGGUCCACAGCAAGGAAGAGCAGGGUUUCAUCACCAAGAUCCUGGAAGUUAAAGUUGCUUAUUUUAUCGGGCUCUCGGAUCCAGGUCAUCGACAGUGGCGAUGGGCUGAUCAGACACCAUACAAUGAAAGUGCCACGUUCUGGCACCCAGGUGAGCCCAACGACAACCAAGAACAAUGUGUUGCAAUAAAUCAUCGACGUUCUAGUUGGGGCUGGAAUGACAUCCUUUGCAGUAGUAAACAGAAGUCUGUUUGUCAGAUGAAGAAAAUAUACUUAUGAAAAUGUAUUCCCCAUGGACACAUGAUUGCAUUUUUAUCCACCAUUACACAGACACCAAGUUCUUUUUGUAGAAGAGAUGUCCACAAAAUUUUAGGUAGGCAUCCCACAGUUAUACCUAUAAUAUGGGUCCUCAUACACAUUUAUUUAUUCAUCCUUACUCUCUUUAUAUAACGAGAACUUCCCAUGUACCAGAGACUAUACAGGAUCCCUUUGUGCAUAUGUGGAAGCACACCAGCUUCUCUGCCCAUUCUUAGAUUCCUGAAGCCUUAAUUGAUGAUAGAAUUGUAUGGUGUGGUCCCUCUACCCAUUUCUCUGUCUUUUUUCCUCUGUUAUUGGAUUUAUUGAUGUCUAAUUGACAAAUCACAAAUAUUAAUAUUACACUGACUUGUGGAACUGCACUGGGCAAUGGCUAUCACAAUUAGGUUAACAACACCCUCUAUUAUCUUUCAUAGUUGCCUGUUUUGUGUGUAUGUGAUGUUAGAACAUUUAAGAUCUUCUUAAGCACAUUCAGACAGACAGGGUGACAUUGUUAUGUACUGCCACUUUGAUCCUCAGUGCUUACUCACAUUUCAUUUGGCAGUUCGUACCUUUCCAUCAUCAAUUUCAUGUCUCCCAAUACCUGUAUUACCAGGAACCAUUCAGGAACUUGGUCUUCAUGGCUAGUGUGUGGGGUACUGUGGGUGCUGUGAGGCUGAUGAGGGUCUCUAAGGAGUGGCUAAUCCUAGACUGGAUGACCUUCAUCAACAGAAAUUUUGAGAAGAUGAUAGCAACCUUCUAAUGGCACCCCCAGUGAUUCUUGGUGUCUCACCUUGAUGCAUGCCACAUUAGGGAUAGCCUCUGCCCUGUAGAUGGACGCUGAGGAGACCCACAUGUCCCAUGGAAGCCUUUCAACUGUUUAUUAUGAAUAUUUUGAAACAGAAGUUGACUGGAUGGUGUCAUCGAUACUCAUAUAGCUACUGUCUAUAUUAAUGGCUGUUGACAUUUUGAUAAUUUGAUAUAUAUAUAUGUGUGCGUAUGCAUAUAUACAUACAUGUGAUAUGGGAUAAUGCUCUUGUAACUGUAAAGAUUUGUCACUGUAUUGGUUUAAUAAAAAACUGAUUGGCUAGUAGCUAGGCAGGAAGUAUAGGUGGGGUGACCAGACUAUGACAAUUCCAGGAAGAGGAAAGGCAGAGAUGCAGUUGCCAGCUAGACAUAGAGGAAGCAAGAUGAGAAUGUCUCACUGAGAAAAAGUACCACACCAUUUGGCUAAACAUAGAUAAGAAUUAUGGGUUAAUGUAAGCUGUAAGAGUUUUUCAGUAAUAAGCCUGAGCAAUAGGCCAAACAGUUUAUAAUUAA